CACAGACCGAUGCUUAUUUGGCAUACAUCAUGGAACCUCCGAGAUCAUAUUGGAUGAUAUUUAUUUGGCAUCUGUUUAUUUUUCCAAGCAAUGACGCAGCGUGUACAACGUCGAAAAAUGAGAUGAGAUGGCCUUUGGUUCCAAUAAUAUGUACUCAGGAAAUCAAACUGAAUGCGGAUCCGAUCUCUAUCAUGCCUUGUUCCCUGACUUUCGUCGACAACUACCCCAACCUUACCUUUCCCUCUCCACCGCCUUCUGUCAGACUGCAGGGUGAUGCAUUCAUCGACCUCCGCGUCCCAAACUUCAACAGCCUUGCGGAUUACGGAUUUUCCGCCUUCGUCAAUCCGGAUUCGCUUCUGCACAGCUGCAUCUUCCAUUACAAGUCCGACGACAAUAUGUUUGAGACGAAAUUUAUUUCUACACCUACUGAGUCUAGAAUCGUCAUUAACGACAGUACAGGUAUAUCUGUCACACACAGCCCUUUGGUAAUCGGAAACUGGCAGAAAGUGGGGUUAGGGAUAGACGUCAGCACAGGAAAAAUCAAGAUGUUCGUAGAUCGUUUCACUUUUGAUCAAUAUGAAACGGGAGAGGAAUCAAGCGCACAGCAUACUGCUCCUGGAAUAAGGACUCCGGGGACUUUGAGAGUGGGUGGAUCGUUUGACGGGGAGACUUACAGUGGACUAGUCUCCUGUGUUGGUUUCAACACGGAUAAAAAUUUGGACUGUUCCACAAAUUGCUAUGAUGCUGCAAUCUGGUCUGGAGUUAAUGUGCCUGUUGAGAAGAGGCACUACGGGACUUUCAUACCUGUGAUGUACGGAAAAGAGCCAGUGGACACCCCCGUGUACGUCACUUCCACGGAAAAUCUAACCUCCUGCACUUUGUUGUGUUUGCGAGAUUUCUUUGUGUGCGCCACCCUUACGUAUGACGUCAUCACUAAGGCCUGUUCUCUGUAUUCAGGCUCUGUGCUGUCGGGUAAUACUGUCACCCAGAUGCAGGCGAGUUCUCCGUCCAUCACCUUGUAUACGUUAAAGGGUUAUUAGUUACACUGUCGAGAACUUGUUCAUCCGAUUUCAUGUUAAUCUGAGCAGAAAAUGUAUACAUACAGUCUGUUUCUACUCGGUGCAAUGGAAAGAACAUGGGUGUACCUGAUUUGUCUACACCGACCACAAAGUGUACACCUUUUCUUAAUCAAGUGCAAAAGUAUACAUUUUUUUAUGUGCACCAUCUACAACCUGUAGAGGGCAUGUGUUAGUAAAUGAACUGAAAAAAAUCAAUAUGGCUGAAAAAUAAUCAAACGGGAAUGCAGAUUUUUCUUUCCGUAUUUUGCUCACUGUAAUGUACAUGUAGAUACGACGAUAAUUCCAGUGUACUGUAUGCAGUCAUUUACAAGAGUUCUUCUCUCUCUCUCUCUCCCCCCCCCCCCCAUAUUCUCCUGUCCACUCACCUGUUGUUUAUCUUAUACAAUGAGAUAUAUUGUGUGUAUACCUGUAUAUGUACUAGAUUUAUUCCGAUGAGUUGUAUAACCCAAGGACAAUAAAAGAAUUGAAGUGUAAAUUGAAAUCUAUUUUAAAGGAUAAAUGAAAACGAUUGCUAUUUCGUUCAAUCAUUAAAAACAAGUUCGGCGCCAAAUAAAUCAGCAUUUUGGAAUAUGACCUAUAUGUGGGUAUUUAUAAAUACACAUUAGUAUAAUACAAUUUUUUUUUUUAAGAAAAAAAAUCUUGAAUACUAGUAGUUUGUUUUUUCUUUAUUAGCAUUAAAAUGGUUCAUUAUAACUUUCCAUUAAGGAUCUUAUCAGCUGCUGAACAUCCAUAUAGAAUAUACUACACUACACCCAACUGCACUUGAUUAUAAGGUGUAAAUCGACUGCACCGGGUGUACAUUGAUGUAGGCAAAUCAAGCACAUCCGUAGAUCUUAGAUUACAGUGACAAGUUUUCCUUUGCAAUAUAUGGAUGUAUUUUUAAUGUAUAUGUUACAUAAAUAAAGCUCUGUAAAAUAGUGGAUUAUCAAACAAAAAUUUCCUUAUUUUAUUGUUGAUAAAGUGAUAGCGUUUAUAAAUCUAAAAUAAAUCUUUGUACCUU